AAGCAGUUUACUGCGUCUUUGCUGUACCCAUUGAGGACGAUGGCUCUAACGCUUAAAUUCUGGGGGAAAAAUAAUUAUGCUGCAAUUCUGGGUGAGGAACCUAAAGAUGCAUCGUUAUGCUUUUCCCUGGACAUUGGGCAUAUCCAUUAUUUCUAUUUUUUGUGCUCUCAAAAACAAGCCAUGAACCUGUUGAUGCUCUUGCUAUUAUUCUUUGUUCAUUCAUUCACCUGACAAGUAUCUAUUGCUUCCCAAUAUAUACUGUGUCCAGUAUUAGGGGAUGGGCUAACAAGAUGAACCAGACAUGGUCAUUGUUCUCAAGCUGCUGGCAGUCUAGUGGCAGCAGAAAUAGAAGUCAAUGACAGCUGUGUAUUAUAAGUACUGUGACAGAAUGGACCAUAGGGUGCCGUGGGGCCCCAGAGGAAAAGACUUAACUGGGGUGGUGUGUGGUCAGUAAAAACACUCAGAAAAGUAAUCCUUGAGCUAAUUAACAUAAGGUUUGAAUCCUGGCUCUACUACUUCAGUGUAAGAGAGACUGAACUGUGAGAAUGAAGUGAAUUCACUCGACGUCUCUAACUUAGACUCAAUGCCCCAAACAGGGCUGUCUUGAGAAUUAAAUGCGAUAACAUAUACAGAAGAGCCAUGGAUGCAUCCGGAGACAGUGCUGCUCACGAGCUUACAUUUCCUGGGCCUCGAUUUCACUUAUCUGAGAAACAGAACCAAGAGUAAGGAUGUGCCCGGCUACAUCCUUCGGGAUGUUAAGAGCCAAGACAAAUAAAAGCUACAGGACAGGCUUGAGACAGCCUCCUCCUCCUCCCCUCUGCCCCAAUAAAGCCAAAGGCCCUCCUCCUAAGUCUUAUCUCAGUGGAGAGACUCUUACUGCUCCCUCCUCCAACCACGAACCUCCCUUUGCCCGGUCCAACGCGAGCACUUCGCGCCAGCUACUCCUGGGGCGCAAGCGCGGCAGCCAUCUGUGCACUUAGGUGGGCGGUCCGUCGCACUGAGGGCGGGGCUUUGGCUGCUGAGCAGUUCCGCUCAGGGUCGCCUACAAAGUGGCAAAAUCCCGUUUGUAAGUAACCGGACGCACCACGUGGACUUCUGAGUAGAGGAAAAACGUACUGAGACUCAGGUGUCCCAGCGGAAGGCGCGGGAGCCGAACUGGAAACUCCUCUCGCCAUUCAUUGCCCCUAGGCUUCCGCUCUGCUUCUUUCAGCGUCCACCCAGUUCUUCCUCCCGCCAAUGAGAACUGAGGAAGUUGAAGCCCCCGCCCGACGUGCGUCAGGCGCUUUUGUGGUACGCACGAGAGCGCCUGCGCAAACGCACGCGGGAGGCGGGCCUGGCCAACUUCGGAACAGCGAGCUAGCUGUUCGCUCGCGCCUAGUUUGGCGCGGGCUGGGAGGUGUUCCAGGCAGUUAAGAUGUUGCGCGUGGUGAGCUGGAACAUCAAUGGGAUUCGGAGACCCGUGCAAGGGGUGGCAAAUCAGGAACCCAGCAACUGUGCCGCCGUGGCCGUGGGGCGCAUUUUGGAGGAGCUGGAUGCCGAUAUCGUCUGUCUCCAGGAAACCAAAGUGACCAGGGAUGCACUGACAGAGCCCCUGGCUAUCGUUGAGGGUUAUAACUCCUAUUUCAGCUUCAGCCGCAACCGUAGCGGCUAUUCUGGUGUAGCCACCUUCUGUAAGGACAACGCUACCCCAGUGGCUGCUGAAGAAGGCCUGAGUGGCCUGUUUGCCACCCAGAAUGGGAAUGUUGGUUGCUAUGGAAACAUGGAUGAGUUUACCCAAGAGGAACUCCGGGCUCUGGAUAGUGAGGGCCGGGCCCUCCUCACACAGCAUAAGAUCCGCACGUGGGAAGGGAAGGAGAGGAUCUUGACCCUAAUCAACGUGUACUGCCCCCAUGCGGACCCUGGGAGACCUGAGCGGCUAGUCUUUAAGAUGCGCUUCUAUCGUUUGCUGCAAAUCCGAGCAGAAGCCCUCCUGGCGGCAGGCAGCCAUGUGAUCAUUCUGGGUGACCUGAAUACAGCCCACCGCCCCAUUGACCACUGGGACGCAGUCAACCUGGAAUGCUUUGAAGAGGACCCAGGGCGCAAGUGGAUGGACAGCUUGCUCAGUAACUUGGGGUGCCAGUCUGCCUCUCAUGUAGGGCCCUUCAUCGAUAGCUACCGCUGCUUCCAACCAAAGCAGGAGGGGGCCUUCACCUGCUGGUCAGCAGUGACCGGCGCCCGCCAUCUCAACUAUGGCUCCCGGCUUGACUAUGUGCUAGGGGAUAGGACCCUGGUCAUAGACACCUUUCAGGCCUCUUUCCUGCUGCCUGAGGUGAUGGGCUCUGACCACUGCCCUGUGGGUGCAGUCUUGAGCGUGUCCUCUGUACCCGCAAAACAGUGCCCACCUCUGUGCACCCGCUUCCUCCCUGAGUUUGCAGGCACCCAGCUCAAGAUCCUUCGCUUCCUAGUUCCUCUCGAACAAAGUCCUCUGUUGGAGCAGUCGGCGCUGCAGCACAACAAUCAAACCCGGGUACAGACGUGCCAAAACAAAGCCCAAGUGCACUCAACCAGGCCUCGGCCUAGCCAGGCUGGCUCUGGCAGAGGCCAGAAAAACCUGAAGAGCUACUUUCAGCCCUCCCCUAACUGUCCCCAAGCCUCUCCUGACAUAGAACUGCCUAGCCCACCACUGAUGAGCGCCCUCAUGACCCCGAAGACUCCAGAAGAGGAGGCAGUGGCCAAAGUGGUGAAGGGGCGGGCCAAGGCUUCAGAAGCCAAAGAUGAGAAGGAGGUACGGACCUCAUUCUGGAAGUCUGUGCUGGCGGGGCCCUUGCGCACACCCCUCUGUGGGGGCCACAGGGAGCCAUGUGUGAUGCGUACUGUGAAGAAGCCAGGACCCAACCUGGGCCGCCGCUUCUAUAUGUGUGCCAGGCCCCGGGGUCCUCCCACUGACCCCUCCUCCCGGUGCAACUUCUUCCUCUGGAGCAGGCCCAGCUGAACCAAUGGAGGCCUGGGGACGUCUGGCAUAGUCACCCCUGCACGUGAUCUGAGGCCAGCUCCCCUUCCCUGAGCUGCCUCCUGCUUCUCCCCGAAAGUCUCCUACCCUUCUCUUCCUCUUCUUAGCCCUCUCUUCCUCACUGACCUUCCUACCUAGCUCCUUGUUGGUGAGCUUUUUGCACCUUAAUGCUGUGACCCAGCCCGCUACACCACUUUCCACCUUCCUGUCUGAAGUACACGGACACUGGCUGCCCCGGGAAGUUGUGUGAUUUUAAAUCACUCCUGUCUUUGCUGGAAAAUGUAUUUGUGCAUAAAUAAAGUCUGUGUAUUUGUUUCAGGGUU